CGGAUCUGCUGGGCAACAGAAAAGGAAACCCUGAGGAGAUGCAGUAGAUAACUGGAUAAAUCAUAUCAUUUUCCCAAUGAAUUUUAUAUUGUAUAUUUUUGUAUCUGGGGUUUUUUCCUCACAGCUCCCCAAUAUGACUUCCCAUAAUGAUGGUGAGAAGUCUGGGGACAUGAUGUUAUCGGAAAUGAUGCUACCUGAAAAACAAGGUAAACAGGCACUGGAAAAUAAGGAACCACCGGAAAAUAAGGAACUGAUGGAAAACAAGGAACUGAUGGAAAAUAAGGAACCGCUGGAAAACAAGGAACCACCAGAAAAUAAGGAACCGCUAGAAAAUAAGGAACCUCCAGAAUAUAAACCACCGGAAAAUAAGGACCCACCAGAAAAUGAGCCACCGGAAAAUAAGGUGGAUACUCCUGCUAAUGAGAAGAAUGGCAAUUAUUAUAAAGAUAUAAAACAAUAUGUGUUCACAACGCAAAAUGUAAAUGGCAGCCAGUCUGAAAUAUCUGUGAGAGCAACAACCGAUUUGCAAUUUGCUCUAAGAAACUAUAAACUCCUCAAUGAAACAACUACGUCAUUUCCUGGGAAAGCCACCAGUGAAGAACAUGCUACUGAACCCCCUCAAAAACAAUAUCGAAGACGAACCAACCGUCCAAAUGAGCCUGCAUUUUGGACAAUGUUAGCUAAAGCUUUAAAUGCAACACCAACAGCUGAGGAGCUUGAGGAAAAAGAUCAAUUAUUUCACCCAAUUCCACACUCUGAUUUGAAUGCCAUAAAUGAAGAUAACAUGACACAGCUACAGGAAAUCAAGUUAAAAUUAAUGCUGGGCAUCUCCCUGAUGACCCUCUUCCUUUUUGUCAUCAUCUUGGCCAUCAGCAGUGCCUUGCUGUACAAGGUGAAGACAAUGAGUUAUAAAAGUCCAGUUCUAACCGAAUACUCCGUCAACCCAGAGCUGGCAACUCUGUCUUACUUCCACCCGUCAGAAGGUGUAUCAGACACAUCUUUUUCUAAGAGUGCUGACAGCAGCACAUUUUGGGGUACUACAUCUUCAGAAUUGAAAAAAGAAGACACAUUGUCAAAAUCUAGAACAACGGACAUGAUUUCCACAGCCUCAGAUGAUACAGGCAUGAAUGAUGAGUCAGAUUUAAUUCAGAGUGAGGACCCAAGUGAAGAAACUCCCACAGAUUGAUUAGACAUUAAGUCAGAAAGCAAUUUCUUUGGGACUCUCAUUAAGGUCAUGACUUGGAAACUCUGCUGAGGAAUUUAAAUUUUCUGAUGUCUGAAAAGGAGGACGUAUUCAAUAAAAUUAUCUCAGCCAUAAAAGUUUUAUAAUGGAAAAAAUACAAGAAAAUAAAUUAAGGUGUGGAAAACUCA